UAAACUGUCAUAAAUGAUCAGAUAUUUUUAGUUCAGUUUAUUUUUGGUUCUUUAUAGAGAAAUGGAGCGAGGGCCUUUGAAGUGUAAAUGCCCCCCCUGAGGAUGAUGAUGAUGAUGAUGAUGUCGGGCUCCUGGUGAAGCCUGGAGGAGGAAGAGGAGGAUAUCGGGCCAUAAACGGACCAUGUGACUAGAGCCGUUUAUACCUGGCGCAGCCGCAGCGCGCGCAGACUCGCAGGGCGGCCGGCAGGCAGCAGGUGGAGGCGCGCGCAGGUCACGAACACGCGGACACAGAGCUCACCUGCAGACAGGUGAGCGGCAGCAGGCAGGCUGGAGCCGCAGUAUGCUGAGGGAGAGCCCUCACCUGGGAAGAUGUACGUCAGUUACCUGCAGCUGGACAAGGAGCCCACCAUGUACCCACACCAGAACCCGGUGAGCCGCCACCCGGGGCUCAGCCUCAGCCCCCAGAACUUCCCGGUACCAGGCCCGCCGCAGUACCCGGACUUCCCCGGGUACCACCACCACCACCACCACGGCUUGAGCGCCGAGCCGCAGCAGGCCGGGCCGGGCGCCGGCGGAUGGAGCCCGGUUUACCCGCCGCCGCCGGCCCGGGAGGACUGGACCGCGCACCAGUACGCCGCCGCCGUGGGCGCUCCAACUGCGGGCGCCGGGCCCGCGCUGAGUUUCCAGGAGUUCCCCGGUCAGUCGGCCGCGCUGCUGCCCGCCGCCCUCAACCCGUCCGCGGGGCAGCUGUCCCCCGGGUCCCCCAGAAGGAGGAACCCGUACGACUGGAUCCGAACCUCCGCGCCGCCCAGCAACCCAAACGGGAAAACUCGGACCAAGGAUAAAUACCGGGUGGUGUACACCGACCACCAGCGGCUGGAGCUGGAGAAGGAAUUCCACUACAGCAAGUACAUCACCAUCCGGAGGAAGGCGGAGCUGGCCACAGCGCUCAGCCUAUCAGAGAGACAGGUGAAGAUCUGGUUCCAGAACCGCCGAGCGAAGGAGAGGAAGAUCAACAAGAAGAAGCUGCAGCAGCCGGCCUCCUCCACCACCACGCCCACCCCACCAACCUGCAGCACUGGAGGGGGUGCGCUCAGCAGCAGCAGCAGUGUCGCCAUGGUUACCAGCAGCAGCGGCAGCAACGGGCUGGUGUCUCCGUCUUCUCUGACUCUGAACAUCAAGGAGGAGUACUGAGGGGUAAAACCACAGAAGAAGUUGUCCUUCCACCAAACUUUCUCUGGCUGUUUGAUCCAGAAUGGCUGGAAGAACUCUGAUUGGUCCAGAACUCGGCUCCUCUGGUGGUUGGACCAAUCAGCUCCAGACUCGGGGUUCAAAUGUCACAGAGCUUCAGGAAUAACUGCUCUGGUUUCUGAUUGGCUGACAGGAGGUCAGGUGAACCCUGAGCUCCUCCUGGGUUCUGGUAGAGCUGCUGGACCCGACCCGCUCUGUACAGAAUCUGAGACCUUCAGCCAACAGCAGAGAUUGCUGUCACCUCUGACCUUCAUCUGGACCUGCUGACUCAUCGUUACGUUUUUUUACCCUCAGACGGUUCAACAGCUGAUGGUAAAACUAAUGGUCAGAACCAGAUGUUUCUGAUGGUUCUGAUCGGUUCUGAUUGGUUCUGGUGGUUUUGGAAACUUCAAUCAGAACCAUUUUCUCAUUUUUUUUUUUUUUUUUGGAUUUAAAACUC